AUGUCACGGAGAAAGGGUCAAAAAACCUUGGACUAUUACUUUUUCCCGAGUUGGGGGAGCAAUGCAGGAGACGAUGAGACCGCUCGUUCACCCCCAGGCCAAGCGGAGAGCAUCGCCAGCAAGCCGACCGAGCCGCGGCUCGAUGAUGAGCCAGAGCUAGUUAGCGCGGAUGUUAGCACGUCAGAGCAGCCUGCUGCAAGCCGCGAUGGGAAAGAUCGAAGUAGCGAAUUUAACCUAAACUGUUUAGGUGACCCUAAAUUUAGAGGAUGGCUCUACAAGACCGAGUAUGGUCACUCUGUCACAGCAGCUUUCGAGCCUGUGGUCGUUAUUGAGCAUGAGGCUGUGGUGGGUGCUUUCAAGUGUCUGUACUGGCUGGUAAAACACGAAAUUGCCCACCACACUAACUAUCCAGCUCUGCUUGAGCUAGCUGAUCUGCUGGGUUGUGACUACUUUGCCAAACUGAAGAUAGGGAAAUCCACCAACUAUAGGUCCCACCGCAUGGUUGAUGAAAUGCUGGAAAUACUGGCUGGUGUUAUAGAAGCACCAAUCCUGCAGGACAUUAGAAACUCCCAGGCUGUCGGGAUCGAACUGGAUGAGAGCACUGAUGUUGCUGUGAUUAAACAGCUGGAUGUACAUGUUCGAUACCUUGAUAAAGAGGGAGUUCUUUUUAGCCAGUUUUUGGAUUUGGUUCCCCUUCCUGAUGGGAAGGCUGACACCAUUGUGACUGCCAUCCAUAAAAUCCUUGAUCAGAAGGGCAUUCCCAAGGACAAAAUAUUUGGUCUUGGGACGGACGGUGCAGCAGUCAUGACAGGACGCCAUAAUGGAGUGGUGAAACAACUCUGCGACACCAUGCCAUGGCUAGUCGCUGUGCACUGUGCUGCCCAUCGUUUGGCUCUGGUCUGCAGAGAUGCCUCAGAGAAAACAGCCUACAUGAAGACUUUCAGGGACCACCUGCAGCAUCUUCACCUGUAUUUUUGUAACAGCAGCAACAGGACAGAAGUUUUGAAGGCAGCAGCCACAACACUGGGAAUCGCUAAUCUGAAAGUUAAGGAGGUCAAGGACACACGCUGGCUUUCUCAGCACCAGGCAGUGGCAAACCUGCAGAGAAAUCUCCCUGCAGUGCUGACGGCCCUUGCAGAGGAGGUACAACACAAUAAGUGCCCUGUGGCAAAAGGACUCUACUCCUUUUGUGCCACUUAUCGUUUUGUAGCUGCAUUGCACCUUCAGGCUGAUGUGCUUCCUCAUCUGGCGAGAUUGUCAAAGAUCUUCCAGAAGGAGGACGUUAAUUUCCUCGCUGUGAAAGACCAGGUACCAGUCACAAUUGCCUCAAUCCAAAGGAUUAAGGAGGCAGGUCACAACCAACCUCCUGGCUCAGCCCUGGCCAAACUCCACCACGACCUGAAUGAUCCCAGGGGGCUGGGAAUGUUUAAUAUCAGGGCUGAAGAGGAGAGAGAGAGGAGAGGGCAGCAGUCCUCUGGCAGCAGUGACCAGCAAUCAUUUUGGGGUCGAUUUUGCACUCAGGUGAUGGAGCCAUAUCUGCUGCAACUUGUGGAGCAGUUGAACGGGCGUUUCCAGGAACUCCACAUCCUUGGGGCAUUUAGUGUGCUGAGCCCACAAGCAGCCAGGAAGCUGGAUCAGGAUGUGCCUGUGAGCCAACUGAAGACUCUCGCAAAAAAGUUCCACCCAAUGGAUGAGCAGACACUGCUGGAAGAGUGGUCUUCAUUCAGAGAACAUCUCACUACUGGCAUUCUGAAGGACAAGAACCAGAUGGAUGUAAUGAAGGAGCUGACCUCACAGUACGAUGAGCUCAGUCAGCUCUACCCCUGUCUGAGCAAGCUUGCUGCAAUUGGGCUCACUAUUCCGCUCAGCAGUGUUAACUGUGAGCGAGAUUUUUCCACUAUGAACAGGGUGAAAACUGACCUCAGGAACAGGCUGCAGGGAGAGCACUUGGGGGACUGCCUGAAAAUAUCCAUAAAUGGGCCGCCUGUUGGAAACUUCCCUUAUCAAGAGGCCAUGGAGCAAUUCUUCCAAAAGCCAAGAAAGAUCAAGUGUAGCAACCAGCCAUGCUCACUGUGUUCAUAAUAAAAUAAGUGUAUUGUAAAUAA